GGGCGUGGCUUGGUGGAGUGAGGGUCCCUACACAUCUUUGUCCAGGGUGCAGCAGGCUGAGUGUGGUGGGGAUGGCAGUCAUCCCCCUGAGCUGGAGGUGAGCAGAACCCCCCCUCCAGGGAGCAGAUCGUAUGGUUUAAAGGCCCGUUGUCGGCGCCGGGUGCCGUGGAAAGGAAUGGGUUCUGCUUAUGAGCUGUAAAUCCUCUUCCCAUCCCAAAAAUGCAGAGCGAGGAAAUCCAGGAGGAUACGGGGAAGGUGGAGAACGCCACCAAGAGUACUAAAAGUGCCCCCCAGAGCCCCCUGAAGGGCACGCUGAGGAGAGCAGCGGCGGCUGUGUCUUUCGAGGGGGUAACUGGAGAAACUACCAUAGAAAGGAAGAAGAAAAAGAAAAAGGAGCCUCGGCCGGAGUCCAUCAUUGUGUAUCGGUCUGACAAUGAGAAGGUGUCGGAGGAAGAUCAGGCAAAUCGGGAAGAGGGAGAGAGGACUGCUGAGGAAGGGGCUAGGUUUCUUGGAACCCCGGUAUCUGACGGAGGAUGGAGUACGCACCCCGACAGUCGCUAUGUUACUUUAACCGGGACGAUUACUCGUGGGAAGAAGAAAGGCCAGAUGGUGGAUAUCCAUGUGACCCUAACGGAGAAGGAGCUUCAGGAGCUGACCAGGUCCAGGGAACCUUUACAAGAGAAGACGGCGGACGAAAGGAAGAAAUGUUCCGUGGGCUUGGACAGAGGUCCGCAUGUCCUGCUUUGGAGCAUCCUUUGUGUGCCGGUCGUCUUCGUUCUCGCCUUCGUCUUGUCGUUUUAUUAUGGAACCAUCGCGUGGUACAACAUCUUCCUGGUCUACAACGAGGAGAGGACUUUCUGGCACAAGAUCACGGUGUGUCCCUUCCUGAUGAUCUUCUACCCCAUCAUUAUCGUGGCCCUGUCCUUUUCUCUGGCUCUGUACUCGGCUGUGACCCAGAUAUCCUGGUCCUUCGGCGAGUGGUGGCGUGCGGUCAGGGACAUGGAGAAGGGGUUUUGCGGUUGGCUCUGCAGCAAACUGGGCAUGGAGGACUGUUCCCCGUACAGCAUCGUGGAGCUUCUAGAUUCAGACAAUAUCUCCGGGAGCCUUUCUGCAAAAGGUUCUACUCAAGGAGUGGAGACGUCGGCGGUCUGAACCAAAUAUCUUCCAUCAUUGGUGCUUCACAUGAGCUGCUUCUUCUCCUUUUGCCUGAAAUGAUCAAAACCUCCAAUCUACCCCCAAAAAAGCCUUUUUUAUUUUUUUUUUAAUUUAUUUUUGUUUUUGUUCAAAGCUCUUCACAUUUCUUCCAAAAAAACUGUAGCUUUUAGAAAGCACGUGCAUGUCACAUCUGGGAAAAGCUUGGCAGCGGAGGCAGCUCUCGCUAUGUUGGCUGUUUUGAUUUAAAAAUCCAAUUGGCUGAGGGUGAUUAGAGUUGCCGCAGCCCAUAAAACCAGGUGCUUCUCUGCUCGUGGGUUGUAAUGCGGACGCUGUGCAACCGAAAGCUGGAGAAACAAAUAUUUAUCGAAUUGCAUUUCUUAACGGAAAUCGGUUAAAGAAAAAAAAAAAAGCAUUUUCUGGUAUCAAAAAAAUGUACUCGGAAAUGAGUUCUCUCUUUUAAAAUACAGAU